GUGCGCGGGGCACGCUGGGAGGGCAGAGAGGGGAGCGCGGGAGAGGCGGCCGAGGAGCGCGGGCCCUGAGGCCGGGAGGCGAACGGCCCUCGAAGGCGAACCCGGGCCGACCGGGAGACAUCGGGGCCUGGUAGCUGAGACAUUCAGUCAACAGGAAAAUAUGAAUGAUUCGAGGCAGCAGUCAUUGUUCUUCAUCACAUCUCCAGAUUUACACAAACUCUGUGCUGUCAGGAUAAUACUGAGUAAUGGGGUGGCGGAUACUGAGAUUAGGAGUACGCAAAUGAAGAUGUGCAGGCAAUUGCUGUUUUUGCACCAAGAUAUUCUUACAUCACCUGUGCCUGGAAUAUUAAACCAAAUUUGGGUAGUGAUGGCGAUAACAUUUUAUAAAGCUGGAAAACUUAAUGCCUAUAUUGAAAAACACGGAGCUAAAGUGGAGGCUCCACAGAGAGUAAUCCCUGUAAUUCUUCAAAACUGCCUUUCAUACUCACUCAUGGCUAGGCUUGCUCCAGCCUGGAAUAAAACUGGCCAUCUCUUGGUGCAAGGACGAGAAUUUCUUUCUCAGAUGGGAAAGCAAAGUGCUGUUGUAUUAGACAUCAAUGUAACUGAAACUCAAGUUUGUCUAAGUAUAGAAGCUUACACAAUCAGACUGCCACCACCUGAGCUAAGAGAAUUUGAUAUUUCUCAGAGUGUUAUCAAGGAUUUUGAUACUAACAAGAAUGCCAUCAUUGAAGGACAUUCAAUUUUAAGCAACUGGUGCUACGUUUUGCCAAGUAUGAAAAGGGGACAAAUAAUAAGUAUUCUUCACACCAUACCCCCUGACUGUCCUUUUCAUUCAUAUGAAGAUUUCCAGAUGCACUGGGAUGACCUGUAUGGCUAUAAACUUCCAGAAGAUUGUGGAAAUAUUAAAAUAUACUGCAGCAUCUACUUCAAAAUGAUAGGAGAAAGGAUCUUCACAUAUCCUUUACACAUCAUAUACCCUCUCAGCUGCAUCAGAAGUCAGCCUAUACAGUUCUUUCCAAGAGUAGAUUUGGAAGGUGUGCUGCAAAGUUUCCUUUCAGAUUUAAAAUCUAAACUGCCUCAUAUAUGUGGCUUUCCCAUAAAGAUGACAACGAAACCAUGCUACUACACACAAGAACUAAUGAAGCCUCAUGUACAGGAAAACAAAGUCAAGGCGCCUAAUCUGACCACUAAACAAGUGUUUAGGUCCUCUCUGACUCGGGCCCCUUGCACCAGACCUGUCCUGGCUCAGUGUCUUGUACCAGGUUCAGGAGCCAUGAACCACAGGAUGGAGCUUCCAGGCAGCCAGCUGAAGAAAACCUGGGUGUCCUCAGCACUGCAUCUCCAGCAGCAGUCUGUUCAGAGCGGAAAAAUAUCCCCAUCUGACAAGGCACCACAAGUACAUUUGGAAGCACCAAAGCCCAACACAGGAAACCUUCAAGUUCAAGGCACAGACUUAAGCUCCCAGAAUAAUACUGCCCCUACAUUCAUACCAGUUUUCAAAAAUCGAUCCUUGCAGAUGAGUAAAAAGAUCUUAGAACCUGGCAACCUGAAAAGGGAACAGCAUGUUGUUACAGAAUCUAAAUUCUUUUCACUUAAAACUAGUGUGAUCCAAAAUGACAAGCUGAAUUUAGAUCCAGCUAUUAAAAAAAGAUCUAAUCAUAACAUUCAGAUGAAUGCUAGAAAUUUAAAUCAGAAGAUUUCCAGACUUCUGCAAGGAAAAAAUACUGAGUCCUGUGAAAAUAUGACAAAAUAUCCCUCUUCUAAUGGAGAAUCACCAACUGUGAGUUUAAAUGAAAGUAAACACCUCUCUAAUAGUUCAGUAUCUCAUAUAUCAAAUAACAGUUUAGGUGCAAUAAAAAGUGCAGUUGACUUCCAAGUGAAUAGAAAAGAAAAUUUAACAAGGAAAUAUAUAACACAAAUUUUGGGGAAAGGCCGCGAAUCACUAAAAAUGAAAAAACAACCAUACAUUUUUGAAUCAGACACAGAAACAGAAGAUCCCCAACUACUGCAGCCACAAUCAAUAAAUCAGACUAUAAAAGCUGAUGUAAGUGACCACAAAUUGAUGAUAAGCAAAACAUCCCAGAGGACUAAAAGAAGAUUGUGUCAAGAAUCUUCAAAAGCUUCAAAGAGACCUCAUUCCAAUACUAUCCAUUAUGGACAGUCCAGUUUUCCUAGGAGCAAGAUACAUGAUGGGGACAAAUCAAAAGUUCAGAAAUCUCUCAUCAUUCCUAAAACUUAGAACAUGGAUGUGAAGGAAGGACAUGACUACCAGACAUAACCCUCUGAAUGUGGAUGGACAUUCACACACUCCUAUGAACAUGAAAUCAGGUUCUGUGCACUGCUGUGGAACCUCCUUUAUCACCUGACACUCAUUAUUCUCAUGGGCACGUAGGAUUCAUUCUGUAGCAUGGGGGUGUUACUACAUUAACUGUCCCUACUGAUUGACAUUUAAGUUGUUUCCAACUUUUCACUGUGGUUACAAUAUUGUAUAAACCAUUUUGUAAAAGAUAGACAAGUAUAGAAAUGUUUUUGUUAGUUGAAAAUGUCUUUAUUUUGCCCUUAACCAUUUUUGUUGAAAUUUCUUUGAAUUUAUUAUUUUCAUCAUUGAAGAUUUCAAGCUAUACAAAGUACAGGUAAUAGUGUAAAGAGCCUCUGGGGCACCUGGGUGACUGGGUCAGUUGAGUGUCCGACUCUUGAUUUUGGCUCAGGUCAUGAUCCUAGGGUCGUGGGAUCAAAACCCUGCGUUGGGCUUUGCACUGAGUGAGGAACCUGCUUAAGAUUGUCUCUCGCUCGCUCUGUCCUUCUCUCCCACUCACGUGCUCUCUAAAUAAAUAAACAAAUAAAUAAGUUUUAAAAAAUAGUAUAAAAAGUAGUUAUCACCCAGCUUCGAUAAUUAUUAUUUUGCCACUAUAUUUCACCUGUUUCUCGCAGAUUCACUUUUCUUACUGAAUUAUUUUUUAUGUUUAUUUAUUUAUUUCGAGAGAGAGAGAGAGCAAGGGAGGGACAGGGAGAGAGAGGGAAAGAGUGAAUCCUAAGCAGGCUCCGCACUGUCAGCGCAGAACCCAACACAGGAAUCAGUCUCACAAACCAUGAGAUCUUGACCUGAGCUGAAAUCAAGAGUCGGAUGCCUACCUGAGUGAGCCACCCAGGUGUCUCUUUACUGUACUAUUUUAAAACAGAUUCAGUACGGCAUAAAGUUCACCCAUAAACACCUUGAUACAGCUCUCUACCCGACGAGGGAUAGCAUAAAGAAAAAAAUAUGUGUACGUACUGUGAACCGUCUACAGUGUCUUCACUGACUCACUAAAUUUUACUCUAGUCUAACAUGCAAACUGACAGGAAGUCCUCAGUAAACAUACGAUCUAUUUCACAGAAGAACUAGAGCCUUCAGUCAAACAACCAAAACACUGGCGUGAAGAUUUAUUUGUUCAGCUGUACGUGUGUGAUCUGUGCCAGGCAGUGGGCUGAGCGCCGUGUCCCUGCAAUCACAGAACUGCCAUUGGCUGUGUAGUCUAGUCCCCAACCAACCCACCCUGGGCUCCUGGCAAAGAUGUAGGAGCCUGAGAGUAAGGAAGCAAAUGCAACAGUGACGUUUUGGUCCAUGUUACAAAAAUUACUGAGCGUAUAAGAAAUGAGGAACAGAAACAGAGCUUCUCACCUAAUUAGUGUUUUUCUGGCUUUCAAACAUUUGAGAUGUUUAAUUUACAAAAUGUGAUCCAAUAGUUGUGGUAAGAUAUUUAAAAGAAAUGAAAACCCUCACUAAUAUUGCACUAAAAUAAUUCUUCAUUAAAUUUAAAAAAAUAAGCAGAGAACCAAGUAUAACUUGAACUUUGAUUUUUUAAAAUGAGAUUCACUAUUUUUGCUCCUUCGCCAAACAUUACAAUUAAAGGCAAAAGCGAAUACGAACUCUACUUGAAGACUGUAAAUAUAGUUCUUGCUCUUGGAAUUGUGCCUGGCUAAUUCAUUUACUGUGUGUCUUUUACCAUAAGCAUGUCUUUUUUGCAGAGUCUGUUUUAUAAUAUUAUUUUACCGUUUUCAUAGGGAAACACAACCUGGUUUAAAGCCCAUUUUGAGUGUGCCUUGCUCAUUCUAGAACUGGUAUGGUAGAUAACGAGUAGACCGCAGUAAGAAGUAGUAUAUCAUUGUGUUUGUGAGGCUGUGCUGAAAAUACCUGUUAAUGAAAAUACUAUGAGUAAGGAUAUGUAUUCGGUCACUCAGUCAUCCACAGAAUGUACUUUCUUGAAACCAGUCUUUCCCUCUGCUCCACACAUUCCCCGCUGCCUUCCUGCCGCUCUCCUGCUGCUGUCCAGUCUUCAUGCCUGAGGUAAUAAAGACUUGUUUGAUUCUAAGACUAAGUGGAAUAAUUAAAAAGAUAAAUCCACUGCUUAGUGUGUAGUAUCUCCCAGUUCUUUAUAUAAAUAAUCUUGCUAGCUCCUCCUGCACUCCAUUAGUGUCUAAAACUAAUUUAUAGGAUACUAUUUCAUUUAGAUAAAUUUAACCUACAUGACAAACCUGCUUGUGUUAGGAUCAGCCUAUUUUCUGGUGUAAAGUAGGUUUAUUUUUGCUCUUACAAUAUUUAUCCUAAUGAAAACUUACCACAAAAAUAUAUAUGAUAUAUAUGUAUAUAACAUAUAUAUGUACAGAUGAUUUACUAUAGAGAUACUUGAACAGAUUGAUUGACUAUUUACUAUUCCAUGUUCAGAGAAGAGGUCCCAGGGAGAAUUACUGGCUCAGACUCCCUGAAGAAAUUAAUGAAGAUUUUGUUUCAUUUUAAAGAUUAUAAUUUUGAAAGCCAGGAUAAUCCCAAACCUAAUUAGGGAAAACUAAACUGUACUUCCUUGUUUAAAUUUUGGUUUAUAUGCAUCAUGGCCACCACCCCCACCCUGCCCUCAAAUCAUUCUUCAUAUUCCAGCUGUGAGUUUUAGAACCAUUACAAUUUUAAAUAAUUUUGUGUUUGCCUAUAUACAGAAACUUAAAAGAUUAGCCAUUUCAUUUAAAAACCUGUGGCAAUAUGCCAAACUAAUGCUAAGGAAUCAUCUUCAUAGAAAUGUAAACAUCCUUUCUUGAACGAUUUAUAGUUUAAAUUUCACAGUAUUUUUUGCUUACUAUAUUUGAAUUUUUUCUGUUUAUAUUUUUUAUUAUAUAUUUCUGAAAUUAUACAUUAUUAUAUAUCAUUUUAUUUGUAUUUGCUUACCAUAGCAAAUAGGUAAAAAAUACGGGUUUGUCAAUGAUUAUUAACCAGUUCGUGAACCAGUUUUGCUCUCUUUUUCAAAUUGCACAUCAUCAGGUGUUAUGACGGAACUGACAAUAUAUUGAUAGUUAUUGAUACUUAGCAAUGGUUAGUAUUUAUAAAUGUUUAAAGAUGUCACGGUCAUUUAUUGGUGCUUAAAAUGUCCAUUGUUGUUGUAUCCUACGUAGUGUCUUAGUUAAAAUAAGAAAAUAAAGGUAUUCAAAUAGGCGUAUU